GAUAAGUUUGGCAUGGCUGAGGCUAAACCAGUUUCCUCCCCAAUGGCUACAACUCCUCUUCAAUUGCACCAAGGGCUCAAACUCUCAGAUCCUUCUCCAUACCGGCGUCUUAUUGGCUCCUUGCAAUAUCUUAAUCUCACAAGACCAGACAUUACUUUUGCAGUUAAUCGUCUUUCUCAGUUUCUCCAUGCCCCUUUUGAUGUCCAUAUGCAAGCUGCCAAGCGUGUUCUUCGCUAUCUCAAGGGCUCUGUUUUUCAUGGUCUUCUUCUGCACCGGCAGCCUCUGUCCCCUCUCCAUGCCUUUUCCGACUCUAACUGGGCCGGUGACAAGGAUACCCUUCGGUCAACCACUGGCUAUAUUGUGUUCUUGGGUAGCAAUCCGAUCUCUUGGAAGGCUUGUAAACAAAAAACGGUUGCCCACAGCUCAACAGAGGCCGAGUACCGUGCUCUAGCUGUUGUAUCCUCUGAAGUUAUGUGGGUUUGCCAUCUUCUUCGUGAAUUGGGGCAUCUUGUUUCUUCUCCUCCGGCAGUGUGCUGUGACAAUGUUGAUGCUACUCAUCUUAGUAGCAAUCCAGUCAUGCACACUCGUAUGAAACAUAUUGCCAUUGAUCUUCAUUUUGUCCGUGAGUUGGUGGAUCGGAAGCUUCUACAGGUCAGUCACAUCUCUACUGUUGAUCAGCUAGCUGAUGGUUUUACUAAGCCUUUAUCCUCGUGGCAAUUCUCUCAGCUAAAAUCCAAGAUUGGCGUUACCGAUGGUAGCUCCAUCUUGCGGGGGCGUGUUAUGGAAACAAAUCCUGUCAACACAGCUCGUGAAUCUGCCUCAUGAAUCUGCACUAAUUACAGCAAAUAUAAUCAGCAUUAUAUGCAAGAUAUCAAUCACACUUAUUUGUAUAUAUUUUCUAUUAUUGUAUAUCUUUAAUUUCCAUAAAUAACUGCAGACCUUGUGUAUAUAGGAUACUCAAUUCUGUGAAUAAAAUUUAUCAGUUUCA